AAAGACAUUCGAAUAGUAGAGAAUGUCGAAGAUACGAUGGUCACUCGCUGGUGCUCCGACAGCUUUGAGGUUAGGCGUAAAAAAGAAAUGGUUUCGACUUCAAAUCGUGGUUAAGUCAUUAUUUUACAAUCACUUUUUGGACUGGGGUUACGUAUGCGACGUUUUAAUGGAACCGAUGUUCUGGUUCGUUGAUAAUUUCGCUGGGUGGCUGGGUCCUUUGUUCGUAGUAAUGGUGACCUUGUUGACUGCAUCCAUCGUCGCAAUUGCCUAUUGGAUAGGGCUGCCCUAUUGGUGGGAUAAGAGUCCAGCGAUGACUGUAGUAUUGAUAUUAAUAGGGAAUUGGUUACUACUAAACGUCAGCUUCCACUACUACAUGGGCGUCGCUGUUCCUGCCGGGUACCCUCCCAAAGGAGAACUCAUUCCAGAGGCUGUCAGUAUUUGCAAAAAGUGUAUCAAGCCAAAACCACCGAGAACACAUCAUUGCUCCGUAUGCAAUAAAUGUGUUCUGAAGAUGGACCAUCAUUGUCCGUGGCUGAAUAACUGCGUCGGACAUUACAAUCACAGGCAUUUCUUUCAAUAUAUGGUCUUCACGGUUGUUGGAAUUUUAUUCAUUAUGAUAUUCGGAGUAGAGAUUGCCUAUCAAGAAUUCUUUCCAGAACAGGAACCUGAUUUGGAAGGACAUCCUGUACGGAUAAAUAACUCUCUCAUCAUUCCAGUGACGGAAAGUCUGGAUGAUUUGAGUCAAGAAGAGCUUGACGAAAUUGCGCGACAGGCUGCCAUAGCGAACAUGAAAGAUUGGAAACGGAGAGCAAUAAUUUAUGCCGCAAUGAUAAGUCUGGGCACAUUCGGAGCAUUAGGAGCUUUGGCCUGGUGGCAUUCCGGCCUAAUCACGAGGGGAGAAACAAGCAUUGAAGCCCGAAUAAAUAAAACUGAGUCCGAAAAGUAUAAAGCCAAAGGUUGGGAGUAUCAGAACCCAUACGACUUUGGACCUAGAGAGAAUUGGAGAAUAUUUUUAGGGCUGAAUGGAAGAAGUUGGUGGCACAUUCUUUUCCCAUCCACACAUGGGCCCUAUGGAGAUGGCCUUACAUGGAACUCAAUUCACGAUGCAAAAAUGUCAUGACACACUCAGUUUGAUUACAUUGCGGCAUCACUUGAGAUUAAUCGUUUAGUUCGUUGACUACUUUAUUAAAAUUCACUUAAUAAUCUAGUCAAACUUUGUAGUAUUGUCAUUGCGAUCACAGGACUAGUAUUCAAUAGCUAAAAUCAGCUAUAAAACAGAAUAAAAAAGUCUUAACGAUGCGAAUGUCUGGGUAGGGGUAAAAUCUUGGAAGUGUCAAUAUUGCGAAAUUUCAAAUAUGUGAAAAUCAAAUAUCGAAAGAUGAAUUGUUCGAAAUCUUGAGUCAAAAAUCAAGAUUUCGAACAAUUCAUCUUUUGUUAUUUUAUUUUCACAUGUUUGAAAUUUCGAUAUAUCGGCUAUUCGCAAUAUUGACCCUUCCAAGUUUUGACUCCACCCGAAUAUCUGCGUCCAAGUCCAACUUCAGACUGUUACGUGUUCUUCAGGUUUUACUUUAGAUAAAAUUAAUGCAUCAAGUUGUUAUUUUUACAUAUUUUUACUCGUCGUUACAAAAAUUGGUGGCACAAUAAAUAUAAGUAUACAGAAAUUUUCUACACUGCUUCGUAAACCUACUUUACUAGUUUAUAAUAAUAAUAAUAUUCUGUAAAUGCUCGAAUGCUGAAAGCGUUGUAUUUAAUUAUUAUAGUUUGAUAUGCGUAAUACUUGAUCAUAUGUUACAAAUGCUGGCAUAGCUAUCGGAGGACUAAUAAAAUUCAGAUUUUAAAAGAAUUUGAUGUAGCUACUAUCAUGAGAAAUAGAUUUUUCUUACGUGAAAUUCUCUUUAUUAUCACUGUUAUUAUUAUCAAAUCAGAUUUAAGCUUCAAUCACUCUUAGGUUCUUUCAAUUGUCGAUUCAACUACUUCAUUCAUAUAAUCACAAUUAUUAUACAUUGCUAUGUGCUAACGGCAUCCAUCUGUAAUCUAUAAAGUACUAUAUCAAUCUA